CAGGAGGCGGGGCUGCGGCUGGUUCCGGCCAGGCCUGCUCGCAGCGGCGGUAUCGGCAGCCUCGGGGCUCGUAGCGCGGCCUCCCCCUCCCGCCGCCAUGGGCCUCACGGUCUCCGCCAUCUUCUCUCGCAUCUUCGGCAAGAAGCAGAUGCGGAUUCUCAUGGUCGGCUUGGACGCUGCCGGUAAAACCACCAUCCUGUACAAGCUAAAGCUGGGCGAGAUUGUCACCACCAUCCCCACCAUCGGAUUCAAUGUUGAGACAGUGGAAUACAAGAACAUCUGCUUCACCGUCUGGGAUGUAGGUGGCCAGGACAAAAUCCGACCCCUGUGGAGACACUACUUCCAGAACACACAGGGCCUCAUAUUUGUUGUGGACAGCAAUGACCGAGAGAGAGUGCAGGAGUCUGCAGAUGAGCUACAGAAAAUGCUGCAGGAGGACGAGCUGCGGGAUGCAGUCUUGCUGGUGUUUGCUAACAAGCAGGACAUGCCCAAUGCCAUGGCAGUGAGCGAGCUGACCGACAAGCUGGGUCUGCAGACACUCCGCAGCAGAACCUGGUAUGUGCAGGCAACGUGUGCAACCCAGGGCACUGGUCUCUAUGACGGACUGGACUGGCUAUCGCACGAGCUCUCCAAGCGCUAGGUGGGUGGCCAGCUGUCCCACAGACCAGACGAGCGUCGUGCCCACCUGGGAUCUCCGUGCCGGGUUUAGUUUAGUUUUUGGGUUGUUUUUUUUCCCCUCCCCCCUGUGACCUCGUCUUAAAUGAUCUGUGUGUUUAUCUGGUAGAACUUGAACCUUGAGGACUCUUCGGGCAGCUCCACUAGCCGUGCUCCUGCCUUCUGCUGCCCAGACGGCACUUUCAUGCUAGCCAUCCUACCCAACUGCAUGUGUUCUUGUUAAGUGGAGCCUGUGCCAUGUCCCAGCGGGGCCUGUUGGAAGGAAGGGAGGGAAGUGGUGGGGGCGGGGUGUGUCUAAGCACUGAGCGGGUGGCGGUGUUCCAGUGACCUCCAUUGGCAGCUUGCGAGGAAAGCCGUAGGUAACUGCUUCGGCCGUCACAACACUGCAGAACAGAACCGUUUCUCCUUUUUAUCCUUCCACGAACUUUAUAAUUGUUUCUCUUGGGGAGGGUGGGGGGCAGAACAGGGCUGGGACUCUGACUGUGUAAUGUGCUAUUGUAUAUCGAGUAAUAAAACUCCACCAGUUUGUAUCCUA